AACCUUCGUCGUUGAAUGUCAAAGCAAAAUUUUUAUUUCGUUUUUCGGAUGUGUUAACAAUACAGUAAUUAUUAUUCUGUACUCGGAGCAAACAAAAUUAUUUCCUUUAACAAUUGCCAAUUCUUUUUGUUUUUUGUAUAUUUCUUACGCACUUUGGUUCAUAGAUUAACCCACACAGAUUAAGCAAAGCCAGGUCUUUACAUUUUGAGCAGACGGGCAGCUAUGGGUGAUCCGUCGUGCGAUCCGUGCCAGGCGCCCGCUGAUUUUCCAUCCUGCCCGCCCGGUGCAUCCUGCCAGCCAUGCGACUGCGGCGAUUAUUCCGGCUGCUGCUACCAGCAGCCGGCGCGCACACUACCCAUUAUUCCACAAUCGCACUUUAUGCGCUCCAGUGCUCCGCUGGAUACCGACACCGUCUAUCGGCGCUCGUACUAUGGCAACUGUGGCGACAAUCUUCGCGCCCGACCUGUGCGACCGUGCAACCAUAUCAGUGCCAAUACGGCGCCGAUGGAGAAGUGCACCGUGCAGAAGUUGUCCUAUAUGCCGCCGUGUCCGGCCUCGCGCACCAUGCCCAUACUGCCCAUGCAGAGCGGGUUGCGUUUUGAAGGUCCGAUUUACGCGAUGACCUCCCAGAAACACGAUUACGUGCCCAAGGGCAUUGUGAAGCGCUCACCCUGCUUGCCGCGUGUCGCCAUCUGCUCCUCGACGGCGCCAAUGGAGCGCUGCUCCAUACAAAAGCUAAGCUAUAUGCCUGUAGAUGUGUGCCAGAAUCCGCCGCCCAAACUAAUGCAGCAGAGUUCGCACUACUGCAAGCCGGCUGGCCCAAUGGAGCGCUGCACCAUACAGAAGCUAUCGUAUAUGCCGGUCUGUUUGCCGCCCAGGGAGCCGACGCCCUGGGCGGACAAGGUGCGCUGCGUGCCGCCCAACUAUCAGAACGUCUGCACCACCUACAAUCUCAGCUAUAUGCCCAACUGCAAUCCCGGACGCACUGCCCCAAUGCUGCCAAUGAACACGCUGCGUUUCAUGGGCAACGAUGCCGGCGCCGCAAACACUGUCUACAAGCUAAGCUAUAGGCCGGUGGAUGCGUCCCGCACCAAACCGGCGCCCAUUAUGCCGAGGGACACAUUCCGCAGAGCCACCGGUCCACUGGAAAGGUGCACCGUACAAAAGCUGUCGUACCAGCCCAAUUGCACCGAGCGCACACCGCCGAUACGGCCCAUGGAGAAUGGGCUGCGCUUUGAUGGACCCUUGUACGCGAUGACAACGCAGAAGCAUGACUUUGUGCCGAAGCCGCAUGUGCGCCGUGCGCCCAUAAUGCCGCUGACAGCGUUUUGCCGUCCAAGCGGCGCUAUGGAGCGCUGCACCGUCAACAAGCUGUCGUAUAUGCCGGUGGAUGUGACCUGUUUCCCACGACCGGAUGCCGUCAGGCCGCGGCAGGGUUUCUGUCGCAACGAUGGACCAAUGGAGAAUUGCACCACCUACAAGCUGAGUUACUUGCCCAACUGCGUACAGCCCAAGGAGCCGUUGCCCUGGGCACGGUAUACAUCCUAUUGCCGGCCGAGUGGGCCCAUCGAGAAGUGCACCAUACAGAAGCUCAGCUACGGACCACCGGGUGCCUUUCAGCGUUGCGGCGGUCCUUGUGGUCCCGGCACUGCCGAUGCUGGCUGCUAUCCAAAGGCUGGCAUUUGUUGAACCGGAAAUAUGUUUUGCUUGCUCGUGCCGACACAAGUGCCGUCGCCCCGUCCUAAUUGUUUCAUGUUAUAUGUCGUUUCAAAAUCUUCAAGUCCAACUCUUUGGCAAGCAUACAAGAGGUCGCAUAUACAAAUGAGGACACUUUUUGCCAGCAAUUUUAAAUGCUCGACUCUUCCACAUCCACAGACACACACAACCACACACCCAAAACUCACUCAACGCGUUUAUUAUUGCUGCAUACAAACGAAAAUUGCAAGUGCUCCUCGAUGUUUCAAUAAAAUGUAUUUUUAUUGAUUCGAUUUUGGUAAAAUUAAAGUCCUAUCCUAUAAA